CCACUUCAAAUAUGCCUUUGGUUAUUACUCCAAAUUUCCGUUGCAUCGUUGGUCCCGGAUUGCGAAUUUGCAUUUGCGCUCCUAAUAAUCAAGUAAAUUCUGUUCGACCCUUCAUAUUCCUCUCUCUCUCUAUACUGCGUUUUUCUUUUUUUGCUUUUGCCGAUCACCGUAUAAUCUUUUGUUGAGAUUAAGUCGCCGCAUUCGCGCUCAAAAUUGAAAUUAAUAAUCGGAGCUAUAUUACAUUCCUGAACCCUUGGAUUGCUGAGAUACAUUUGAAUUCUCCGUUGAUUCGGUUGAAUCGAACGAUUUGAUCUGUACGGAUUGGAUUGGCCAUGCGACGAUGAUCGGCCUCUUGAGAGAGGACUCCUCCACCACCAUCGCCGCCGCCACCUAUCGAGGUGUUAUUUUUUUUCGAAUCAGCCGAUUGUUGUAGAUAUCACGAUGACCGUUGAUACGCACGUGCCUAGCUCGAGGGGGCUGAUGUGCAAUGCUGGCGCCGGUGCCGCAGCUGGAGUGAUUGCAGCUACUUUUGUGUGUCCACUUGAUGUUAUUAAGACAAGGCUGCAGGUCCAUGGGCUGCCGCAGCUCACUAAUACUAAUAUCAAAGGUAGUGUCAUAUUUGGCAGCUUAGAACAGAUAUUUCGAAAGGACGGGUUGCGUGGCAUGUACCGUGGGCUUUCGCCUACUGUGCUUGCGUUGCUUCCAAAUUGGGCAGUGUAUUUUACAAUUUAUGAUCAAUUAAAGAGUUCGCUUGGUGCUGAUGAUGUAAAUCAUCAUCAGCUCUCAAUUGGUGCGAACAUGAUUGCUGCUUCUGGUGCUGGGGCUGCGACUACGAUCGUCACUAAUCCUCUAUGGGUUGUCAAGACAAGGUUUCAAACUCAAGGAAUUAGACCAGGGGUGGUUCCUUAUAGAGGGACAUUUUCGGCCUUAAGAAGAAUCGCACUCGAGGAGGGUAUUCGUGGACUAUAUAGUGGUCUUGUGCCAGCUUUGGCUGGUAUCAGUCAUGUUGCUAUUCAGUUUCCUACAUAUGAGAAGAUAAAAAGUUACUUUGCCGAUCAACAUAACACCACCACAGAUAAACUCGGCGCUAGCGAUGUUGCUCUUGCUUCCUCAGUUUCAAAAGUAUUUGCUUCCACCUUGACAUAUCCCCAUGAGGUUGUGCGUUCAAGGCUUCAAGAACAAGGACACCACUCAGAGAAACGGUAUUCUGGUGUGGUGGAUUGUGUCAAGAAAGUAUAUCAAAGCGAAGGUGUCCCUGGCUUUUAUCGUGGCUGUGCCACUAACCUGCUGAGGACUACCCCAGCUGCCGUAAUCACAUUCACCAGUUUUGAAAUGAUUCAUCGGUUUCUUGUCACUGUGUUCCCUCCCAGCCCACACCAUCAAGCGAUGUGAGGUUGAAGCUUGACUGAGCCGGUUUCAAGAAGCAGUUAUACGGUCCAAAAGGCAAAUCUGCCAUAUACAUGAGUUUGUCUUGCCUUAUAAUAAACUCCCUUCUCUCCUAAUCAUGCCGAAUUCUAGUUUUUAGGUAAGAGAGUGAUUGAUGAUGAUGAUAAAUUCUUAUGAUACAGGGACACCUUAUUAAUUUUUUCCAUUUUAAUUCUAGGGAAUUGUAACAUCUUUAGAUAUGGUGAGACAAACAUUUUUUCUCCUAUAUAGUAGUAUGUCUUAAAAGUAUCAUACCAAAUUCAUUUUAUUUCAUUCUUGGACGCUUGUAAAUAUAAUGUUUUUUCUACGUU